AUGGAGCAUAUCCCACAAGAAUUCAUCCAAAUCAUUCGUGCUUUAGCAAGUGGCGACACUGAGACUAUCAAGAAAGCAGAGGAAAGAUUCAAUGCCUUUAAGGAACAACCAAAUCAAUUGAUUCCUUGCUUAUUAUUCCUUACACUAAAAGAGUAUGCAUCAGUAUUGAUUCGUCCACUUGUAUCGCCUGAUCACAAGAAAUCAUUGUGGGAAAAAUUAUCAGGCGACACUAAAAAUACAUUAAAGAUUGAAUUACUUAAUGCUGUUCAAGUUGAACAAUCAGCAAGUAUUAGACACAAGAUUGUCGAUAUCAUUGCUUCGAUGGCACCUGAAUUAAUCAUCAAGGGACAAUGGGGAGAUUUAAUUCCAUUUUUAAUUAAUGCUGCCACAUGUGCAAACGAGGCUCUUAGAGAGACAAGUUAUUUAAUUAUUGGACAAAUUGUACCUUUUUUGGGACCACAAAUUGCCUCUAGUAUCGAAUUGUUCAAGCAACUUAUGGAUAAGGGUCUUAAUGAUCAAAGUUUGAUGGUUCGAAUUGCUUCAUUAAAGGCAAUCAUUCAAUUCCUUUCAAUCCCAGAAAUCGAUUCUGCCAUCUUCCAACCACUACUCCCAACCAUGUUGAGAACCAUCACUGCCGCCGUUGAGGCACAUCAAGAAAAGGGUGCCCAAGAAGCCAUCUAUAUAUUUAUUGCCAUCUGUGAAAUCAAACCACAAUGGUUCAGAAACCACAUUCCACUUGUGAUUGAAACUUUUUUCAAAAUUUUGGUUGAUGAAACCGCCGAAGAUGACACUAGACACUAUGUAUUUGAGUUCUUUAUGGUGCUUGCCGAAAAAAGAGCCUCUGCCUGGAAAAAGAACCUCGGUCAUCUCAAUGGUCUCGUCGAACUCAUGUACAAAUGGUUGUCUGAAGUCGAUGAAAUCGAUAUCAACACUUGGAACAGCAAAGAAACCGACAGAAACGAGGCUGAAGAAAAUACAAACGCCGAUGUUGCACAAGAAGGUUUCGAUCGUUUGGCAAAUUGUCUCGGAAAGGCUUUGGCCCCAAUCAUCAUUGAAUUUAUUCCAAAACUCAUCAAAUCUCCACAUUGGAAUCACAAAUAUGCUGCUUUACUCAGUUUAACAAUGAUUGGUGAAGGUUUAAAGGAUCAAUUAUCAAAGCAUCUUGGUCCAUUAUUAAAUGAAAUUUUAGUAACUGUAAAUGAUCCAAACCCAAGAGUAAGAUGGGCUUUGUUCUUUUGUUUGGGACAAAUGUCAACAGAUUAUGGUGAUGAUCUCAGAGUUCACCACAAACAGUUGUUUGCAGCACUCGGUCAUAUUAUUAGAGAUCCAAACCCCCGUGUACAAGGUGUAGCAUGUCUCUUUAUUACUUCAUUCUUGGAGGAAUCUGAAAAGACCAUGGUUGAACCAGUCACUAGUGAUCUCUUUACUGCUCUUCUUCCACUUCUCAAUUCUCCACAUUACUUUGUUGCUGAAAAUGCUCUAUGUGCUUUCUCAUCAGUUGUUGAAGUUAUUGGUGAUCAAUUCAAGCCAUACUAUCAACAAUUUGUUCCAUUUAUUCUUCAAAAAUUGGAUUCUAGUACCACCAAAGAAACUAGAGCGCUCCGUGGACGUGCAAUGGAAGCACUCAGUCUUAUUGGUCUUGCAGUUGGCAAAGAAAUGUUUGCAGGUGAUCUCAAACUCUUUAUGGAAUAUAUGAGCAAGAGACCAGCAUUUGAAUCAGAUGACCCUCAAAUUGACUUUUUCCUCAGAGCUUGUACUAGAUUCUGUCAAUGUCUUGGCAAGGAAUUUGCACAAUACCUCAAUUUCACAAUGCAGCCUCUUAUCAAUGCUGUCAAGGCCAAGGUAGAGAUUAUCACCGACGAAGAUGAAUUUGAACAUCAAAUCUCUGAAGUUGGUGUUAUGGCCAUGGACAACAAGGCUUUGGCUCUCUCAUUGUUAACUUUCUACGCCGACAUUUUACAAGAUAUGAUGUUUUCAUACUUGCCAGAAUUAAUCGAACCAGUCCUCAAACUUCUCGACUAUGAAUUCAAUGAAGAGAUUAGAGCAAACGCAGCUGCCCUCGUUCCAAAUCUUUUAUCAAUCUGUAUUGCCAAAACCACCAUCACCAGUAGCGAUACUGCUACACUCUUCCAAAUGCUCCUCAAGAGACUUUUAGAAUCUACAAACACUGAAACCAAUUCUGAAAUCAUCUCUACCAAGCUCAGACAUGUCAGUGAUCUUAUCAUUGCCAUGGGAGAAAAGACACUCAACCAAGAUCAAAUCAAAUCGAUUGUCACUGCCUAUAUCGUCGUCAUUGAAAAUUUGGAUGAACUCAAGGAAGAUUUACAAAACGAUGUAGAUGAAGAAGAUGAUGAUCCACAAAACGGUGGUGAAAUCGAUUACAUCCUCGAUGCCUACAGUAGCGCCACUGGUAUGAUUGGUGACCUCAUCAGAAUGAACAAGGAAAACACAAUCCCAACCAUCGCCACUGAUAUCCUCUCCAAUGUAUUGAAUAAGAUCAACGACAACUCUGAAGAGAAAUCUGUACAAGCAUCCAUGUUGUGUUUGUUGGACGAUUUCUGCGAAUUUGGUGGUAAACAAGCCAUCAACCUUUACACUCACGUCAUUCCACCAAUGAUCAGCUCUCUUGGUAGUAACGACGCUACCGUACGUCACGCCGCUUCAUAUGGAUUGGGUAUUGCUUCACAAACUGCCCUCCAACAAUUCGAGCCAUUCUUGAUCCAAUCCUUACAGGGACUUAACAAACUUAUCUCUAGUCCAAACUCCAAGAAUGAAGAUAAUAUAACGGCUACUGAAAAUGCAAUCUCUGCAAUUGGAAGAUUCGUUCGUUAUCAACCACAAUUAAGUGGUCACGCCAACCAAAUCGUUCCAUUGUGGCUCUCUCAACUUCCAAUCACUGACGAGACUGAAUCUGCCUCUUGUACCGAAAAUCUUAUUGAGAUCCUUAAAAUGUACCCCGAACAAACUUUUGGUGUUACUUUUGAAAGAGUACCUGCUGUCUACAACAUUUUCGAACAAUCUUUGCCCCACUUGACCGAAGAAACCAAGGUUAAACUUUCUGAAACCUACCAACUCAUCAAGUCUGCUCUCCAAGGCAAAUGGGCUUCUCUUCCAGCAACCUCUCAAAACGCUAUCCAACAAGGUUGUCCAAAAUUCAUACAUAUAUAUCGCCGCAUAGCAAAAAUAGAUUAUAACACUCAUUAUGGAUUUAAAUCAUCUACAUCAUCAUCAUCUACAACAAACAACAAUAGUAACAACAACAAUAGCAGUGUCAACAGGCAAGAUUUCUCUGCAACCAUUAAAAAGCUUUCAGACUCUCUCAAGAAAUACUAUCUAGUCUCUGCUGUUAAUAGUGGGAAAUUGGACAAGGUUAGAGAGUUUUUCGAUAUCUAUAGCUCUGAAUUAAUUAAAGAUCCAGAGUGGAAGCAUUGGUUUGCACUACCAUAUCUUAAAACUCCACAUUUUGAUCCAGCAUUUGAGGUUUACUUUUCCAAGGGUUGGUCAGAGGCAUUUUCCCUAAGUCUUCGAAAUUUUCUAUCAACUAUAUUUAAAAAUAUUCCAUUACCAAAAAUACUACAAUUUAAUCUUGAAAGACAAAACAGAAAGCGAUUGGAAUCACAAGUUGAAAGUUUGAUAAAUCAAAACGAAGAAUUAAGGUCAUUGGUCGACAAAUUGGAGUAUCAGUCAAGAAGAGAUUUGGUAAAAGAAAAGGGUUCUUCAUCUGAAGAAAAGGCAGACCACAGUCAAUUUUCAAGAGGCAGAAGAACAGAGUCUUCAAAUACUGCAAAGUUGGACCAAUCACUUUCACCUACAAUGCAACAAAAAUUACAAUCCUCAACAGUUAGUAAUGAUGAAGAUGAUAAAGUAGUAAUUGGAUCAGUAAGAUCAAGAAGAUCUGUUCAAGCCUUAUCUAACCCAACAUCUUCAUUUGAAAUGACUGAAAUGGAUGAUCUUGGGAAAAGAAAUCAAAAGAUAUCUUUGAACCCAUCAUUAAUCUCUGCCAACACUGGAGGUGGUGAGUCAUCCUAUACUAUUGAAUCUCAAGAAGCAUGCACAUCUCAUACCACAGCCAUAACAAGAUGUAAAUUCUCUUCAAAUGGGUCAAAAAUUGCAAGCAGUUCGGUUGAUGGAACUGUCAGAAUAUCAAAUGUAGAUGGUUUUACAAGACAUACAACCAUUUAUUGCUUAUCAGAAGUUAUUUCAUUGGAAUGGGAAAACAAAACUAAAUUGUUACUAUGUGGAACAACAGAUUCUAAAAUCAAGUUAUGGAAUUCAACAACAGACAAGGCAGUGGGAGAUAUUAAUACCUCUGCCGACUACCCUCGAGUUGAAGACAUUGUAUGUAAUCCUAAUGGCAAUUCAUUUGCUUCCUCGUCAACAAACAAUUCCCGAACAGAUGGGGUGGUAAAUACAUGGAACUUUAGAACACUGAAAAUUGAAGAUAGAUUAUCCUCAUCGAAUGCAAUCAUUAAUUCAAUGUCUUUUAAUAAUAAUGGAACUUUGUUGGCCACUGGUUGUGUUGAUGGAACAGUUAGAAUUUUUGAUAUAAAAAGUGGGUCUCCAAUUGGUGGAUGGCAAGCUCACAGUAAUGAGAUUAUAUCUGUUCAGUUUUUCUCUGAUCACAAGUUGUUUACAAUUGGCAAGGACAGCAAGCUAUCACAAUGGAAUAUACAUACAAUGGGAAAACCAGAAAAGGAGUAUGAGUACCCUGGUUUCCCCACCGACAUUCACAGAACUACAAAGAUUGCAUUCAAUCCAGAGGGAACCUCGUUUGCGGUUGGAUCAAAUUCAAAAUAUGCUUUAAUUUACAAUAUUGAUAAUAGUAAUCCAGUAGGACAAAUAUCAGGCCACUCUGGUCCUGUUGUGGCUGUAGAUUGGCAUCCAAAUUCUAAUUGGUUAGUUACGGGCUCCUUGGAUCACGAUGUUAAGUUGACCAAAUUAAAACACACGACAAACCCAAUUUAA